UUGUCAUGGAGCGAGGGUGUGUUUCCGGAAGACGUGGCUGUUGCUGCAGUGGCAGCUGUCAACCUUAAGAUUCUUGGAUGAACCCUUCAACCUUAUAGCUGUAUUUUGCACUCACUGGUCAAAUUACUGCCAAUAUGAUUUCCUUAACGGACUCGCAAAAAAUCGGGAUGGGAUUAACAGGCUUUGGCGUGUUUUUCCUCUUCUUCGGGAUGAUCCUAUUUUUUGACAAAGCACUCCUGGCGAUUGGCAACAUCCUGUUUGUCGCCGGACUUGCCUUUGUCAUUGGCCUCGAGCGGACUUUCCGCUUCUUUUUCCAAAAACACAAAAUGAAAGCCACCGGUUUCUUCCUGGGAGGCGUGUUUGUGGUGCUGAUCGGUUGGCCCAUCAUCGGCGUUGUGCUGGAGGUGUAUGGAUUUUUCCUCCUCUUCAGGGGCUUCUUCCCCGUCGUAAUAGGCUUCAUCCGAAGGAUACCUGUCCUCGGCUCCAUCCUCAACCUGCCCUUCAUCAGUUCGUAUGUGGACAAAGCGAGCGAGGGCAACACCAUGGUAUAACACUGACAUCCUUGUACGCAAAGACGUCUUUGUUGGAAAAUAGCAGCUUCAACAAAGCGACGCCAUCCGCCAACGGAAACGAUUUCAAGUUGCUCAGGUUCUACAUUCAGUAACGACACCCACCGGCAGGCGGGAGAAGAAGAAAGACUCGCUUCUCUGCGCUUGUCAUCACUGCCCAUCAAUAGGUCAUCGGUCUGUUACUCAACGAGUGACCAAACUACCCCCCCCCCACCCCCCAACUGAUAAAUCACACUGGGGGAAUUGAAGGCAUCCAAAGGCCUCCCAGAAUACGUGGAGUAUUGAAAUCAACAACCUUCUGCAAGAAUGAAUAGUGGACAAGUUUUUUGCCGUUUUGUCUGUUUUUUUUUUUUUUUUUUGUGCCUCUCCUUUAAAUUCGACAAAGCUUUUGAAGCGCAGCAUUUUAUUUGUGCUGUUCAUGAGAUGCUGUUGUUUGUUUUUUGUCUCGGAGCUCUGAUUACAGCUAACACAUGCGAUAUUCAAACAUCUGGUCUUUGAAUUACACUUUGAGGAUGUGUAUUUAAGAGGCAAACGUGAGGAGAUCUGAUCCUCUUUUGUCACGACCGUAAAGUCCAUUGAAGGCAAGUCGCGUGCACCCUGACAUGUGUUAGGCCAUUUAAAUGCUGGACAUUGCAGCAGGAAAGAAGUUUUGAUCGCAUUUUGAAACUGUCAUUUUGUGUAUUUAAGCACAUCCACAACAGAUGCGAUGAAGGUCAUUUUUGUCUUGCUCCACUGUUUAGUUGCUCACUGCAUCUUGAAAGUAAACCAUGUGGAUUGCCAACAGGAAUGGCUUUGUGGUCAAAAACCAAGUGUUGUAAAUGUUUUUGCUUCAUUUAUAUGUCCAUUCUGUUAAUGUUUGGCAAAGUAGAUUUUUUUUUCAUAUCAGUGGCUAGCAUUUAUUACAAAGUUUCCCCAUGAAUGAACUGUACAAACUGUGUUUACAGUAUUUUGUAUAAAUAUUUGUCACUAAAGAAAGAAAA